AUGAGUGUGAUAACUUGGAAUAUUAGGGGGUUGAAUAAAACAUAUAAGCAAAAGGAGGUGAAGGAGUUUAGAAAAGGUAAUAAUAAAGCUCUAAUAGCGUUGGUGGAACAUAGAGUAAAGGAGCACAGAACCAAUGAUAUAAUCAAAAAGAUAGCACCUGGUUGGCAGUGGAUAUCAAAUUCUAGUCCAAGCAAUAAAAGUAGAAUACGGGUAAUAUGGGAUCCUAGAAUUUAUGAUUUUGAUCCAGAAGAAGUUGAUGAGCAGUUGAUACAUGGUCAGAUUAGAAUCAUAUCAAAGGCAUUCACAUUUGGGUUUUCAGCAAUAUAUGGAUUACAUACUAUCAAAGAUAGUCUAAGUAUGUGGAGGAAGUUGAGACAGAUACAUAGUUUACAACAGGGGCCCUGGUUAGCAAUGGGGGAUUAUAAUGCUGUUCUUCAGGCACAAGACAGACAGCAUGGUAUUGAGGUACAAGAUAUGGAAACAAGAGAUUUUAAGGAAUAUAUGCUUGAUACAGGGAUGCAUGAAUUACAAUAUGUGGGAAGGAAUUAUACAUGGACUAACAAUCACACUUAUAGUAGAAUAGAUAGGGGAUUAGUAAAUGUAGCCUGGAUGAUGAUAAUGCCUAAUAUGAAAGUACAGGUCUUAGAGCCAUUAGUGUCUAAUCAUUCACCAUUAAAGCUAAUGAUAACACAAGUGCAGGGGAAGAAGAAUAGACCAUUCAGAUUCUUCAAUUGUAUAGCUGAUCAUCAUCAAUUCAUACAGAAAGUUGAACAAGCCUGGGAAGGAAGGAAUACUGGUGGUAUGAUGCAAGUAGUAUGGAAUAAGCUCAAGAAGGUAAAGGAGGCUAUUAAAGAGAUUAACAUACAUCAUUAA